AUGUUGGGGGCAAACGGCGCGCAUUUUGUGAGGGGAGAAUGGGAUGACGCACUGCCGGCCUUUGAGAUGGAGAUGGGAAGGAACGACGAGAAGCGGCGCCUGCUGACGGAACACUCGCCGAACCUAGUUGGUGGGGAAGGGAAGGAGGGGCCGGCGCAUCCCAAUUCAAGCACACCUUCCUCGUGGCGCCGAAUCGAAUACACGCUGGACUGA